GCCCGGAAGCGGCGGCAGCCAUGGAGGAGGAUGAGCUGGAGCUGGCGGCCGGACUGGAGGCGGUGCUGGAGCUGGAGCUGGCUCCUGCCGUGCAGGCUGCCAUCGAGCAGGUAUUUCCCAGCCAAGAUCCACUGGACAGAGCAGAUUUCAAUGCUGUGGAGUAUAUUAAUACUCUCUUUCCCACUGAGCAAUCUUUGGCGAACAUUGAUGAAGUUGUGAACAAAAUCAGGUUGAAAAUAAGGAGGUUGGAUGACAACAUUCGAACUGUAGUGAGAGGACAGACCAACGUUGGGCAGGAUGGCAGGCAGGCCUUGGAAGAAGCCCAGAAAGCCAUUCAGCAGCUCUUUGGGAAAAUUAAGGAUAUAAAAGACAAAGCUGAAAAAUCUGAACAAAUGGUUAAAGAAAUCACACGGGACAUCAAGCAGUUAGAUCAUGCCAAGCGUCAUCUGACCACCUCCAUCACCACCCUCAACCACCUGCACAUGCUGGCAGGGGGUGUGGAUUCACUGGAGGCUAUGACCAGGAGGAGACAAUAUGGGGAAGUUGCCAACCUUCUCCAGGGUGUUGUGAACGUGUUAGAGCAUUUCAACAAAUACAUGGGGAUUCCUCAGAUUCGACAGCUUUCUGAAAGGGUGAAAGCAGCACAGAAUGAGCUGGGACAACAGAUCCUGGCUGACUUUGAGGAAGCCUUUCCUUCUCAAGGUACAAAGAGGCCUGGCGGACCCAGCAAUGUCCUACGUGAUGCAUGUCUAGUCGCCAACGUCCUGGAUCCCAGAAUCAAACAGGAAAUCAUCAAGAAAUUUAUUAAACAACACCUCUCAGAGUAUCUGGUCCUUUUCCAGGAAAACCAAGAUGUGGCCUGGCUGGAUAAGAUCGACAGGCGCUAUGCUUGGAUAAAGCGUCAGCUGGUGGACUACGAGGAGAAGUAUGGGCGGAUGUUUCCCCCGGAGUGGUGCAUGACGGAGCGCAUUGCUGUGGAGUUCUGCCAUGUCACGAGGGCAGAGCUUGCUAAGAUAAUGCGCACGAGAGCAAAGGAGAUUGAGGUGAAAUUACUUUUGUUUGCAAUUCAGAGGACAACCAACUUUGAAGGACUUCUGGCUAAACGCUUCUCAGGUUGCACCCUGGCUGAUGGAACAGUGAAGAAGCCAGAAGUGCCACCUCCCUCCACCAACCCAUUUCUGGAGGAUGAAACUGGGACAGAGACAGAUGAGAUUGUGAUUGAGAAGAGUGAUAUGGACAAACCAAAGAAGCCAAAGGUCCCUGACAACCCUUUCCAUGGCAUUGUUUCCAAGUGCUUUGAGCCUCACCUUUACGUGUAUAUUGAGUCUCAGGACAAAAACCUUGGUGAACUGAUUGAUAGGUUUGUGGCUGACUUCAAGGCUCAAGGUCCCCCCAAGCCCAACGUGGAUGAAGGAGGAGCCGUCCUGCCCAGCUGUGCCGACCUCUUUGUGUACUACAAGAAGUGCAUGGUGCAGUGCUCCCAGCUCAGCACAGGCGAGCCCAUGAUAGCCCUGACCACCAUAUUCCAGAAGUACCUUCGAGAAUAUGCCUGGAAAAUUCUGUCUGGAAACCUUCCUAAGACAACUAGCAGCAGUGGUGGGCUCACCAUCACUAGUUUGUUGAAAGAAAAGGAAGGCUCUGAAGUGGCAAAAUUUACUUUAGAAGAACUGUGCCUCAUUUGCAGCAUCUUAAGUACUGCAGAGUACUGCUUGGCGACCACCCAGCAGUUGGAAGAGAAACUCAAAGAAAAAGUGGAUGCAAGUCUAGUGGAGAGAAUCAACCUGACGGGAGAGAUGGACACUUUCAGCAUUGUGAUCUCCAACAGCAUACAGUUGUUAGUGCAGGACCUGGAUGCAGCCUGUGACCCUGCCCUGACUGCUAUGAGCAAGAUGCAGUGGCAGAAUGUGGAACACGUCGGUGACCAGAGUCCUUAUGUCACCUCGGUGAUUCUCCACAUUAAACAGAAUGUCCCCAUCAUCCGUGACAAUCUGGCCUCCACGAGAAAGUAUUUCACUCAGUUCUGCAUCAAAUUUGCAAACUCCUUCAUUCCCAAGUUCAUUAACCAUCUCUUCAAGUGCAAACCUAUCAGCAUGGUGGGGGCAGAACAGCUGCUGCUGGACACUCACUCUCUGAAGAUGGUUCUCCUGGAUCUGCCCUCCAUUGGGUCCCAAGUGGUGAGGAAGGCUCCUGCCAGCUACACAAAGAUAGUGGUGAAAGGCAUGACUCGGGCUGAAAUGAUCCUGAAGGUGGUUAUGGCUCCACACGAACCCCCAGUUGUGUUUGUUGACAAUUACAUCAAGCUCCUUGCUGACUGCAGCAACGACACUUUCCAGAAGAUACUAGACAUGAAGGGCCUCAAGAGGAGCGAGCAGAGCAGCAUGCUGGACCUCUUCCGCCAGCGCCUCCCGGCCCCCCCGUCCGGCGUGGAGAACACCGGCUCCCUCUCACUGAGUGCUCCCACACCGGAGCAGGAAUCCUCUCGGAUACGGAAACUGGAGAAGCUAAUCAAGAAAAGACUCUAAGUGAGCAGAAGGAAACUGUUGCUCGGGACUGGCUGCAGUGACUGGGAGCAAAACUCCUCACGUGUGUGACUGACAGUGUGCUGCUGAAAAAUCCCUGUCCCAUCAUCCCCAUGUCCUGUGAUCUCUUAACCAUCAUAAACUGUGGUGCUGCAUCUCCAUUCAGACCAAGAGAGAAUCUGACCAAGGUGUUUGUUCUGAGACAGCUUAGCAGGAGUGAAACCCAGGACAUUGGUGGGUCUGUGUGGUGGAGAAAAUAGAGUCAGUAUGGAAGUCAGCAGCUACAAAAGCAGUUUAGGAGGAUUCAGAGAAUAUCCAGGUGUGAUACUCUUGGUGUCCCAGCCCUCAGCCUGGCUGAGCUCCUGCUGCAGCACUGAGGAUUUUGCCUGAGAGUUCAGUGUUACUGCUCACUCCCUGUUGCAGAGCUGUUCCUCUGUUUUAUUAUUUAUUGCAGGAGGAGAACUAACCCCAAACCAUCACUACCACCAAAUCCCCAACCCCUUUAACAGCUGGGAUCCAGGCUUCUGCAGCUCCACUGGAUUAAUGAGAUGCCCAGGAGAGAAACCCUAAGCAGAUUUCUCCCCUCACCCCAGGACAAGCAUAUGUAAGCCACCAGUAAAACAGCAAAGCAAAUCCUUUCUGAACAGGAGGAAAGGGUUGAAUUAAUGCCUUCUGCACCUUGGCAAACCUCCUGCCAACAAGCAGCAGCCUCAGUUGCUGUUACAGCUUAAAGGCCAAACCAGACAUCUGCAGAGCCCAUCUCCAGCUGCUUGUUGUUUCUCGUGUGUGUUGGACUCACUGCUGUCCCUGAUGGGAGUUCCCAUACAGCAUCUCGCCCUCUCUCCACAAAGGGCUGUUCAUGGAGCAAGUGUCAGACAGCACCAGCUCCUUGCGCUUAUGCCAGCAGGGGUGUGUCCCUUUGGCACCUUUGCUGCCCUGUAAGGAGAGAUGCUGGAAAUGGCUUUAACAGGGAGCCUCUUCCCAGGACAGGAUGCUUGCACCAGCUUCAGCCUUUGAGGGUCUUCCUUUCCUCCUUUGAGCUUCAGCUUGCACCAGUGCAGAGAGGAGAAGAGCCAGAGGUGAAAUGAUUUCGGAUAAGCUGGCACCCAGCCACAAAGCUAGUGUGGAGCAGGGCUGGGUUUGGUGUACAUCUGCACCCUGCCCACAGUGGGAGUUUCCCUAAGGAAUCUCAGUGGAGGGAAACAUCACCUCAUGAUUAGCAACACUGGAUUCCCAAAUUCUCUGUACCCUUUUUGGGGGACUUUGAAGGCCCAACCAUGAACAGUUGAAUCCCAUAUGGGUUUACGAGCAGAUUGACCAGUCGUGCCUGCUUUACUCUAACUUAAGCCUCACUUGCAUGUACAGGAGAAAGAAGUCCUGUACCAGUUUGGCAGGUGAGGAGCAAUCGUGGUGUCAGGUGCCUUCUUGGGUGGGUCACACUCCUCACCAGGUUGUUUGGGCCUUAGGACUACUUAUUAGGGGCUGUGUUCACUAGGGAUUGAAUUACUUCCUGCUGCACAGCUGGGGGGGGGGAGGAAUAAGACAUACUCAAGAUAAAUGAGCUCUGUCCACCCAAAAUCCAGGUUCUCACCAGGAUCAGGGAAGGAAAAGGGAAAAUGAAAAAUCCCAAAGUGAGGCAGAACCUGGGCUCAGCCUGUAUCUGCCUCAUGGUUCAGCAUUGUCCCCUCUUGGGUGCAGGCUGGUCCCUUUCCCUCUCCUUAGUCCUGUGGCUGUGGGAGGGCAAAUUUGGUGCCUGUUCGGUAAAAUCCCAUCCUCCCUUUGCCCAAUUGGCAGGUGAGCCUGCGUUUGAACAGGCAGGAGUCAAGCACAGGGUUGGAGCAGGAAGAAUAAAUCUGCAGGGAUGAAAGCCUCACUGUCAGGUUUCCUAACGCUGCUCAGACCGACCUCCUGCUGCAGCAAAGUGUGCACCAACAGGUAUGCGAACACCAACCCUUUAGGAUGUGUUUUCAGGAGUCCUCAGGCUUGGGCCUUGGGGGUGCUCAGCUGCAGAGCUCCAUAGUGGUGAUAUCCAUUGCAGAGCAGCAGUAACAGUACUAAUGGGGAGGGAAGGCAGUUUCUCGUCAUUCCAAAUUCCCCAGUCUUCCCAAGUCUGCUGCUGCUUCAUUUAUUUAUUCUCCUGAUUACAUGUUGGGUGCCAAAAGAAGGUGUUUGAAAGCACGUUGGGAUUGUGAACAGCCAUUCCCUAAGGCCAGAUUAACUCAAGGUGCAUGUGCAGGAUGGUUCACACGUUAUCAAGUGCAGUAGCCAGGGAGGAGGGAACAUGGGUUUGCAGAGAUUCAUUAUUCCUUUGGGGGGAUAAAUAAUCCAUUCUAGAUUCAUUUUUCUUUGCUCUGUCUGUGGAUGACUCUAACUCAAUUAUGAAUGGCUGAGGAUGAUGUUCCAGUUAAUCGUCGCGUGUCUUUCCCCAAAGGCUUCCCUGGUUCAUUCUCCACAUUUCAUUUUGUAGACAAGAGGAAAUAAAAGGAGAAAUGUCAUUUUAGUUUCAGCCUUUCAAGAGUGCUGCAGGUCUGGGUGGUUGGAGUUCUACUUUCAGACAGCAAGUCUGCAUUCUUCUGUCAGUGUAAGGGUUUGUCCCCCAGCCCUUGGGUAUUUAUCGGGUUUGGCACGUCUGUAUAUGCAUAUGUGAGCUGUUUGGGGUUUACAUCUCUGGAGAAUAAAGGAUUAUGAUUUUUUUUUUCCUGUAUAAAAUGCCACUUUUUAUGGGUUUUGGCUGAGGUGUAAUUCUGGCUGUGUCGGAGUGUGACACUAAAAUGAAUUCAGUGCUUA